AUGGUUUACAUCCUCGGCGUCAGCUUUCCCGAGCGGCAACUCGUCUCUAAAUCCCUCCUAUCCUUCUUCGGAGUUGGCCCAUCCGUGUGCGCUCGCCUCAUGGCCCGCCAUAAUGUGCACCCGACCGCGAGAAUUGGCGACCUAGCGAACAAGCAAGUCCUCGACAUAACUUCAGCCCUAUCCAACAUGAAGAUCGAGAACGACCUCCGUCGAGAGAUUCUGGAUAAUAUUCGACGUUUGAAGGAUACGGGAACAUAUCGUGGAAGGAGACAUGCAUUGAACCUUCCAGUGAGGGGACAGAGAACGAGAACUCAGGUCAGUCUUGCAAACUAUUAUGCAGCUAUUGAUGCCCUCUUUUGCGUCGAUUGUCCAGGCUGA